GCGCUAUGGAAAAAUACUCGUCUUCUCUUAAUAAAAUAUCCAAAACCCGACAAGUCGACGACAGGUCUAAUAUUCAACAUCUAGGCCUUCUCCAAUUAUCCAGAGUUGCACAUCAAGCGGUUCGAGACGAGGGGUCCAAUUUAGCCAGACCUCCAGAGGGUGACAAUCAAGACCAGCUCACACGUGGCAUCUUUGCCCGAUGCUGCUCGUCCCGCAACGCCGGGCCAGGGUGUUGCUCAGUGCUCACUCACUCUGGCUGCCAUCCUUGGUGACUUCAUCCAGGAAUUUCUCCACGAAUGAGAAAAGACCAUCCACUCCGGACCAGGCCAGUCAGCAACGCGCCUACUAUAGCUGAUCAUCUGACAGACGAAGCAUGGAAGAUACAGCCAGUAGCUGUUUACUGCCCGUUGAAUUCAUGCUGAUCGCUUCACCGAAUUCCAUGUACCUGGUCUGACACCCAUCACGAGAAUGCUUUCACGUCCCACCUACACGGUGCUGGGUUCAGAUCCCACCAACCGCAAAUGCAGAAUCAAUUGUUAUGCCUUUCAGCAGGAUGCCAUCGUCACAUUUCAAGGCUGGCAGUAUGCUGCCUUUUGCAGCCCCCUUCCAGAUGUCGCUGAACCGCUUUAUGUGCACCUCGCCAGGAGGCGGCUCCUAGAACCCCCACACGAUAAUCCGGGAAGCUGGGAGGUGCUGGCAUUGACAGACUACCCCCAGACAGUUGAUGACGGCCACAAUACCGUUCAGCUAGGCAUCUGUCCUGGUGACGGCACAAUUCAUCUAUCAUAUGAUCAUCAUUGUGAUGUGCUUCGCUAUCGUUACUCCUGUCGAGAUCUUGCCUUGAAGCCCACCGAGUUCACCUGGAUAAGCUCCCACUUUACAACAACGCUCGACUACCUUCCCGGGCUCCCUGCGUCUCACAAACCCUUCCAUUACGUCACCUACCCCCGGUUCUGUGCGGCCGAUUCUGAUCUUCUUUUUACGCUCAGAGACGGCAAAGCAGGUCUGGGAAAUGACCAUCUUUAUGUCUAUUCUUCUUCCUCUGGCCGUUGCUCCUACCUUGGCCAGCAUCUCACUGGGAUUCAAAGCAAUCCGUAUAUCCAUGGCCUGAGCUACCGCUCGGGCAGACUGCAUUUGACAUGGGUCUACCGUGAUUUUGUCCACUAUGACGGAUGGGAUGAUCUCGCAGACGCCAAGCACAAGCAGCAGGCUGGGCCCAACGGAGCGGAGAACAAUCAUGAUUUAUGUUAUGCUUACAGCGACGGCCUCGGAAAAACAUGGAAGAAUGGCCAGGGCAAAGAGAUUGCGUCAAGAGACCUGGGGAUUAGCACUAUCGAUAACAACAGCGAGGGGAUUGUUGUUUUUCGCAUCCCUAAAAGAUCAGGUCUCACAAAUCAGGAAUCUCAAGUCGUUGAUCUGGAUGGCGGUGUCCAUGUUUUGAACAGGAGUUCCUUGCCAGUUGGAUCGAACCACAGGAGCGGCGUAAAAGCCGUCCACUGGAGACAUUAUUACAAGGCGCCGGAUGAUGAUGGAAUUUGGUCUGAAUUUAUGCUCCGACCAGUAUAUGGCAGCACCAGGGGAAGGCUGGCUGUUUCAAAAACCGGGGAUGUAAUCAUCAUUCUUCCCGAUGCACAAAAUGGACGUGUGUAUAUUGAAAAGGCAACCAAAAGCAGUGGGUAUACUGUUCAUGAAGAGGUUUGGUCUGGAGAAGGGCUCAGGGGUGAACCACUGGUUGACCUGCCACGGUUGGAGAACGAUAACGUGUUGUCGUUGAUGGUCUUGGCUGAUACCAAACCAUCAAAUGACAUAGAUUCAGGAACGAGGAAUGUUGUGGUAUUGGACUUUGAAUUGUAAUCAUACACCGUUGCCUGUAUGCUAUGUACGCGAACUGAAUAUUCCCUUCCUUUCGUGUG